AUGGGCGAACCGGAGUACGAGAGUGUGGUGCUGGUAAAGCAGGAGGUGUUUGUGUACAAAAUUCCACCGCGCCAGAGCAACCGGAGCUACCGGGCGGCCGACUGGAACCUGCUCGACCCGAUCUGGACCGGGCGGUUGCGAAUGGUGGCGAAGGGCCGGUCGCUGUGCGUGAAGCUGGAGGACAAGAGCAACGGUACGCUGUUUGCGAACUGUCCGAUCGAAAGCUAUCCGGGUGUUGCGAUCGAGGCGGUAUCGGACAGCUCGCGGUACUUUGUGCUGCGCAUCCAGGACGGGAAUGGGCGAACCGCAUUUAUUGGGCUCGGGUUCGGCGAUCGGUCCGACUCGUUCGAUCUGAACGUCGCACUGCAGGAUCACUUUAAGUGGGUAAAGAACGAGGAAAAGAUCGAGAAGGAGAAGGUGGAACCGAAGCAGCAGCUGGAUCUUGGCUUUAAGGAGGGUGAAACUAUAAAGAUCAAUAUGAAAAUUACGAAAAAGGACGGUUCGGAGGUAUCGUCCCGACUAACUGGCAAGAAAACGGGUGCCGGCGGUUUGCUGCCCCCACCGCCGGGUGGUAACAACAAGAUCAGUCCACCACAGGCCGGUUCACCCUCCCAUCAGCCCAGCUCAUCGGCGUCAGCCGCCGCCGGACAAACGGAAUGGGGUGAAUUUACUUCCGCCGGGGUGCAAAGCACAACGGCCGCUGAUACUGCCGCAACACCCAGCAAAACCAACGCCAACUGGGUGCAGUUUUAAAGUUGG